CUCCUCUCUGGGUGUUUGCUGCUCAGUUUACUUCCACUUUCCUGAUCUGGUGGUGCAGGUUGUUGUGUCCGUGUGAAGCUCCGUGUGAAGUUUUCCUGAUCAUUUUUGAUGAACGUUGGAUGGUCCGUCACUAUGAGCGCUGAAGAAGAGCUUGAAAGAGUUCAGAAAAAGUUUGUGUGGAGGGUAUCAAAUGAAGUCCUUGCACAGCUUGUUGAGGCCCUUGUAUCUGAUGGUGUGUUGAACCAUUGGGAGAAAAAAUAUAUGAUAUUGGAGGAAGACAGAAACACACAUGAAAAGGCACACCAUGUCAUCAAAACAAUAAUGAAAAAAGGAGACAAAGCCUGCUGGACAAUGAUCGAACGUCUCAAAUCCAGAGAUCCUCUCCUCUCCUCUGAACUGGGUUUGUCCUCUGCUCCAUCUUCUCCUUCAGACUCUAUGAGCGGACAUCACAAAAGCGUAGAUCCUUCCCUCUCCUCUAAACUGGGUUUGUCCUCUGGUCGAUCUUAUUAUUCAGAGCUCGAAAGGGUUAAGAAAGAGUUUGUGUGGAGGGUAUCAAAUAAAGUCCUUACACAGCUCCUUGACGACCUUGUAUCUGAUGGUGUGUUGGACUAUUGGGAGAAAAAACCGUGGGAGGAAACCAAAACCACGGUAUCUAAGGCACUCUGUGUCAUCGACACAGUGAGGAGAAAAGGAGACGAAGCCUGCAGGACUAUGAUCAAACAUCUCCAAACCAUAGAUCCUCUCCUGUCCUCUGAACUGGGUUUGUCCUCUGCUCCAUCUUCUCCUUCAGGAGACUCACAAGUCAAGCUGGACCCAGAGGCAGCAGCCACAAAGAUGAUGCAGGUGAUGGAGGUGAUAAAGCCUCCGUCCUGCUUCACACCUGCAGUGCAAACUGAAUCUGAACAGAUCUCCUACAGAUUCAGCUUUCCUGGUCCAGGUCUGUUCCAGUGCUCUCUGACUGGACUGGUGUUUGAUAUGACCCAGGAAGCAAAGCUUCAGUACAGGAUUAUCCAGUGGGACGAGAGCGUCCUCACACCAACUGGGAAGACGCCUGCAGGACCGCUGUUUGACAUCAAGGGUCCUGAGGAUGCAGUUCGUCAGCUUCACUUCCCACACUGUGAAACAAAGGAAGCUCUGCACUCUGGUAGCUUCCUGUCUGUCAUCCAUUUCUCUGAUGAUGAGACGAGUGUCCUCAAGCCGCUGAAGAUCACAGAUACUCAUGUGGUUGUGGAAGUCCCCCACCUCUCUGCCUUUGGCGUUGUCCUGGAUUUGAUAAAGGAUUUGCGGAAAACCACAAUUAGAGGCCAAAUUUUAUUGUUUCUCAGAAAACCAAAUGCUGAAGCAAACAAGAAAUAUGUUGACAUGCUGCUGCUGCCAAGGAAUGUUCCUCUUCUGGAGGUGAAAGAACAGCAUCGAAAUUCUGACUACAUCUCAGUGGCUUCCAACUGUAAACUCAUCAGAGACGAGACUUACACUGUUCACUGUGAAGCAGCCAUGAAACGCCAACCCAAUAAAGCUAAAUUUGACAUGGAGUUUGGACCAAACUACCACGCGACCUUUGUGAUCGACUUUGCUUUAAACACAGAAGAAGCCACCAUAACUGUUCAAGAUCAAAGAAACACAGAAGUCUGGAAGCAUGACAUUGAUCUGACAGCUGUGCCUCGUUCCCCACUUGUUUCCAGCAGUAAUUUACAGGAGCUUCAUCAGAGUGGGGACUCUUUAGAAAGAACUCCUCCAGUCACCAUAGGACCUGUACAGAGGAAUGAUUCACUAUUUUUUCUUUCCUGGUUUCUUCCACGACAUGUACAGAGGAGUGUUCCACGAAGGGAUGACAGAAAUCAGCUCCUCAGCAUCCUGGAGGAUUUAAAUGGUGAGGACUUCGCUAACUUUAAGUGGUACCUUAGGUCAGAGUCAUGGAACAACAUCGAGCCCAUCAAAGUACACCAGCUGUCAAGGGCAGAGAGGCGUGACGUGGUGGAUCUGAUGCUGCAGACGUAUGAGAUAACUGGAGCUGUGAAAGUGAUGGAGAGAAUUUUAAAGAAGAUCCGCAGAAACGACCUGGUGGAGAAAUUACGAGCUGAACGCCGUACAGAGUGGUGCUCCUUUUUAUAGAUGUAGAGGUGAAUGUAAAGGUGCUCUGCCACAGUAACAGAUGGAAAUGAAACUGACUGGUGCUGCUUACUUACAAGAUUACAACAGUGUCAGAGGCUGUAGAAAGCUUUUAAUCAAACACAAAGGUUUUUAAAUUGUACAUUUACAGCGAACGUGAAGCAAAGUUUCACCUUUCAUUGUUCCUCCCGGCUGAUGGCUUGAAUUAAGAUAAAGAAACAAUUUCCAGAAUAUUGUUUUUCUCCAAGCUCUCUCCUUGUUUUUUUGUGAACUUGAAAUGGGGACGAUAUCAUUUCUCUCUGUGCCAAAAAAACAACAGUAUGGAGCAAUAAUCUCAGCUGACAGGCUUUUAUGGCACAGCAUAAGGUUAGAGAGGCAAGGCUGAGAUGGUUUGGAUACAUGCAGGAGAUGGGGUGAGGUGGAGAGCCCAGAGAGACUCAGUGGAUACUCUGAACAGAUAAAUUAUGGUGCUGCUGUUGGGAGUUUGACACAUACUGCAAGUGAUUAUGCAAAAAAUUAAUGUUAAAUAUUUGAAUACUCAAGCUAACAUUUGUGGCCUGAGGGCCUCUACCUUAUCUACAUUUAUUCAUCCAUCCAUUUACUUCUGUAUACAGUACUUUUCUACUUGAGCACUCAGUGCUCUUUAUGUCACAUGUCUCAGUUAUCCAUAAAUCAAAGUACGGUCUUCUAGGCCUAAGUGCUUUCUAACAUUUACACUCCAAUGACCACAUCCAAGAGCAACUUGGGCUCCAGUAUCUUGCCCAAGGAUACUUUGGGACACAGACUGGAGCAGCCAGGGAUCAAACCACCAACCUUCCAAUUUAAUGACCUGCUUUAUCUCCUGCUACAGGAGCCACCAUCCACAUUUAUCUCAGACUUUAUAGGAUAUACUUUGGAUGCAAAGUGUAUAACACUUCUGUGACAGGGUUGCAUCAUUUUGACAUUUUUAUGCCUUAUGAAUUAUAGUAAUGACUGUCUGUGAUAGUUUUACACACUGAAUUAAUACGAUUUAAGUUUUUUUUUUUUUUUUUUUUAAAUCACAGUCCAAACUGUCCCUAGUUGUAAAAUUGUCCACAUUAAUUGGCACUAACUGUAAAUCUGUCACAGCAGGCCGUUGGUUCUGACCCUGUCUGCUGACUUGGACCAUAAACAUGUCAAAGUCACUGAUGGUGGGAUUUGGAACGGCUGCCAACAAAUUAUGUGAAUUUACUGUUAUGUUUUGCAGCAGAGACAAAAUCUUGUACUGACUCGCUGAUCAAGCUAAACAAGCACAUCUGAAUAUGAAUCUUAUAAAAAGAUUUCAGACACAAAUUGGGGAAAUAAUUGAUGCCUAAAAUUAAAAGGUUCCAUAAUUAAAACCAUGGAAUAGUUCAAAGGUCUUAUUUGAGUGAUGGUAGUGGGAGACUGACAGAUGGAUCAGGGCUGUGGCUGCAGUGAUGGGGACGCUGUCCUGGUCUGUUGUGGUGAAGGUGGAGCUGAGCAUGAAAGCAAAGCUGUCAGUUUACCCGUCCAUCUACGCCUCUACCCUCACCUGUGGUCACGAGCUUUGAGUAAAGACUGAAAGAACGAGAUCGCAGAUACAAGCCGUGGAAAUUUGCUCUCUGCAAAGGAGGAGCCACGAGGCUCAGCAGGACCCUGAGCAGUGUUUGUCUUUAUCUGUGGGCUUUUGACCUACAUGUGCUUAAAGCUCACACCCUCAGAGAGCUUCUCUUUCUUCCCCGUGUUUGGGUUCAAAUUAAGUCUGAAUCUGCAGCUCUUUGGGCCGAAGAAGUUUAGGAAUUGUGCCCCGACUCUGUUACUCCUUUGUCCUUUUUACAGUGUACCUGUUUUCUAUUGUCACUUUGUAUAUGCUCAUUUUAAGUGCUAAACCAUUUUUUUAUACAGUGUAUCUCAUCACCUUUUGGGGUGUGUGUGUGUGUGUGUGUGUUUUAGUGUAUAUUAUGUCAUUUGCAAUAAAAGGACAUUUUUUA